GUGUGUAGGUGUGUGUGUAUCUGUGUGUGUAUGUGUGUGUGUGUGUGUGUGCAUGUGUGUGCGUGCGUGUGCAUGUGUGUGUGUGUUUAUGUGUGCGUGUAUGAGUGUGUGUGAGUGUGUAUGUGUGUGUGUGUGUGUGUAUGUGUGUGCGUGUGUGUUUAUGUGUGCGUGUGAGUGUAUGUUUGUGAGUGUGUAUGUGUGUGUGUGAGUUUGCGUGUGUAUGUGUGUGCAUUUGUGUGUGUGUGUGUGUGUGAAUGUGUGUGCAUGUGUGUGUGUGUGUGUGUGUGUGCGCAACUGUAACAGAUACAGGUGUGAGACAGCAGGAAUGAGCACUAGUCACACACUCUGGUUAAAUUAACCAGCGUUCCAAAAAUGAUUAGAAAAAGCUGCUAUAAUAAGAGUUUUACUAAAGAUCUUUAUACAGUCGGAGGGAUUUACAGAAGAUCUCAGUCUUCAACAGGCUGAACUAUUUUCCAAGUUUUUGCAUCUGUUUCACAGUCAAUAUGCUGAAAACAUGGACGAGGAGGAAGGAAUCAAAAUGACGCAGUCUGAUGCUUUAAUCUCACUGGAUGCUGAGGCUGAUAUUUCUGCCAGGAGAAGAAAACCAACUCUCAUCAGAUCGAAAACAUUAGAUCCUUCACUCCUUCUGCAAGUCCAGAGUGACUCUGAAUCAAAGUGUGAACGCAGGAAACAGCAGACGGGACAGUUUCUGCGAACAAAUUCCCAGUACCACAAAGUUUUUAAAGACAUAAGUGAAGAUGAACAGCUGAGACAGAGUUACACAUGUGCCUUACAGAAAGAUAUUCUGUAUCAAGGGAGACUCUUUGUGUCUGAUAACUGGAUUUGUUUCCAUUCCAAAGUUUUUGGAAAAGACACCAAGAUUGUGAUUCCAGUUUCCUCUGUGACAGUCAUCAAGAAAACAAAAACUGCCAUCUUGGUGCCAAAUGCGCUGGUUAUUUCGACAGCACACGAGCGGCAUGUGUUUGUCUCAUUUCUGUCUCGAGACACCACAUACAAGGUUUUGAUGUCAGUUUGCCCUCACUUGGUUGAGGAAUGUCCUGGGAUCAGUCAGAUUCCAUCACAGAGCAGCACGAGAGGACACCAGACAUCUCUCCCCACAGAUCUCGCAGUGGAUCUGUCCGAUUUAGAUGCUCCAGUCAGACAGACGGAUCAACACAUGGACGACAGCAGCAGCUCCGACUGUCCAGAGUCUCCAGAUUUUGAGAAAAACCCCAAAUUCCCCAAACGUCUGCAAACAUUCACUGACAAAUCUAAACGAGACACUGAACUGGAUUCUCACCCACAACAGCAAAGAGAUACUACAAAAAACCUGCAAUACAAUGGGUCUUCAGAGGUGGAGUUCAUGAAAACACUGAGACCGGUUUCACUCUCAUUGAACACUCUUGUGUUGGUCUAUCUGUGUCUCAUCUGUAUCCUGAUGUUGUCGUCGUGUUACAUGGCGUUUAAGAUCGUAUCUCUGGAGGAACACCUGACAUCCCUCAUCUCCAUGGAGUUUCCUCAUAAAGGAGAUGAAUAUGAAAGCUUGUACACUGGAUCUCCAGCAGAGAUCUGCUCGGUGCUCUCUGCAAGUCUCGUGAAGUUGGAAAAGAUCCACAGAAGUCUGCAGAAACUGCUGGAAUCUGUAUCGGACGAGUGAUGGAUAAUUCUGCUGUCAUGAGUGAUGUCAAGGAGGAUGAAGAAAACUAUUGUUUCUGCCUCAACUGGAAUGACUUCGAGUGCUGAGGAGUUUCAUGUUUUGUUUUCAGCUUUUAAACAUCCUGACAAUGUCUGAAAAUACAUCGAUAACACUUUACUAUAAGGUUCCAUUUGUUAAAGUGAAUAACAAUGCACAAUACUUUUAUAUCAUUUGUUAAUCAAUGUUCAUUUCAAAAUUUACUAAUACAUUUUUAAAUUAAAAGUUGUAUAUGUUAACUUUAGUUAAUGCAAUAUCAACAAACAUGAACUAACAAUUAGCAAAUGUGUUAUUAUCAAUUAAUACUAUAACCAAGAUGAAUAAAAGCUGUUUAAAAAUA